UAUUUAUUUAUUUAUUUCAAACUACUUUCACUUUUGGCGCUUUCACUAUGCGCGGUUUCGGUGUUGCGACUUUGCUUUGACACACAACAGAAAAAAAGUUACUUCUGGUUACAGAAAGAGAGAGAGAGAAAAAAGAGAAAGAUAGACAGAUAGAUAGACAAUAUGGCGUGUUUGCGUUCACACUGUAACACCUGCGCGCGCUUUUUCUGCCUGUCGGACGAACACUGAUGCGGAAACUGGUGGACUUUCAGAUCUUCAACUUCAUCUUAAACAGUGCUGAGAUAUAUCUCAAGUGCUUCCUGCUUCCACUAUGAACGGAUCAACGCUUACCUCCCUCGAAGCCCUGGAUGAACUGACGGACGAGGAGUUGGAGAGAUUUGUAUUUUAUCUUUUUCGUAGCCCACCAGAAGGUUUCCAAAAGAUUUCAAAGGCGAAGGUGCAAAAUAAAUCAAGAGAAACAGUGGCUGAUGAAAUGAUUGAAAUAUACGGGGAGAAACAUGCUCUUGAAGUCACUAUAGAGAUUUUAAAAAUAAUGAAAAGAAACCAUCUGGCAAAUGAAAUUCAGGAAAGAAUGCAACAAAAACGUUUAAAGCCCGAUCCAAAUGCUGUAUCUUCGAAGAAGCAGAGACUGGCUGAUACUCCAAGCAAGACGGGUCAACCAGGACAAGAGCUUCAGAGUGUCAUAUCAAAACUGAAGACCUGUCUGAAGCAGGAAAAUAAUUUCAUAGUUGAAGAGACGGCGAAAGAUAAGAACAAGAUUCCACUUAAUAAAAUAUACACAGACCUCAUUAUUACAAAAGGAGAGAGUAGAACCCAUAAUAACGAGCAUGAAAUUUUGACGAGUGAGAAUUCGCACUGUCCGUAUGAGACCAGCAUCAACUUCAGUGACAUCUUCAGUCGGAAUGAGGAAGGAAUCAGAACUGUUCUUACCAAGGGAGAUGCUGGGAUUGGAAAAACAGUGUCUGUGCAAAAAUUCAUAAUUGACUGGGCUGAGAAUAAAACCAAUCAAGAUUUGAUAUUUAUGUUUGUACUUCCGUUUCGUAAACUGAACCUGAUUAAACAUGAUUAUAGUCUUCAUGAACUUUUGAUUCUCUUGCAUCCCCAACUUAAAGGCUGUCACUCCGACUUGUAUGUCGACAAUAAAGUUUUAUUCAUAUUUGAUGGCCUUGAGGAGAGCAGAAUUCAAAUGAACUUUAAUCAAACUUUCAUAAUAAGUGACGCUGACACCAAAUCCACAGUCGAAGCCUUAAUUAUAAACCUCAUCACUAAGGCGCUCCUCCCUUCUGCUCUUAUAUGGAUAACUUCCCGACCAGCAGCAGCCAAUCAGAUCCCCUCCCAGUACAUUGACUGUGUGACAGAAAUUCAGGGAUUUAAUGACUCCCAGAAGGAGCAGUACUUCAGAAAGCGAGUGACCGAUAAAGACAAAGCCAACAGAAUCAUCUGGCACAUCAGGGCUGCAAGGAGCCUUCAUAUCAUGUGCCAAAUUCCGAUCUUCUGUUGGAUUUCGGUUACUGCUCUUCAGCCGUGGCUUACACGCAAGUGCAAAGGAGAAAGUCCCACAACUCUGACUGAAAUGUACUCUCACUUUUUACUCGUUCAAAUAAACAGGAAGAACGAAAAAUUCGACAAGAAACAUGAAAACAACUCAAUGACACUGCUGGAGUCCAACAAAAACAUGAUUCUGAAACUCGCCGAGUUGGCUUUCAAACAUCUGCGAACAGGCAAUGUACUUUUCUAUGAAGAAGAUCUGAAAAUGUGUGGAAUCGAUAUUGAAGAAUCGUUUUUACGCUCUGGGCUUUGCACUGAAAUAUUCAAAAUGGAAUCUGAGUUUUAUCGUAUCAAAACUUACUGCUUUGUGCACUUGAGCUUCCAGGAAUUUUUUGCCGCUCUCUAUGUCUUCCAUUGUUAUUUAUGCAAGAACAUGGAAGAGAUAAUGUUCCUGCCAAAUACCAAAGAAAUAACUUUGGAUGUUUUAAUGAAGCAUGCAGUGAAUGAAGCCCUGAAAAGCAAGAAUGGACAUUUCGAUCUUUUCCUCCGUUUUCUUCACGGCAUGUGUUUGGAGUCUAACCAGAGACUCUUGCACGGUCUACUGCUCCAUACCAUGAGCAGCUCCGAGAGCAUUGAGAAAAUAAAACAGAACCUAAAACGUGGACAAAAAAGAAACAUCAACCCUGAGCGUUGGCUCAAUCUCACGCAGUGCUUAAUAGAAAUGAAGGAUUAUACGCUCCAGCAAGAAAUUAAGACUUACCUUGAGUCCAAAAUUAAGUCCAAGAAGCUAACGCUUGCGCAAUGUUCAGCCAUGGCUAACAUGUUUCAAGUUUCUGAGGAGGUGAUAGAGGAGUUAAAUCUGAAAAAAUACAAUAAAACAGAAGAGGGGUGUAGAAGACUAAUCCCAGCUCUUAGGAAUUGCAAAAAGGCUAUCCUGGCAAACUGUAACCUUACAGAGACAUCCUGUGAAAACAUCUCAUCAGCUUUACAGUCAGCAAAUUCACCCCUGAGAGAGCUGGACCUGAGCAACAAUGACCUACAGGAUGCAGGACUGAAACUGAUUUACAAAGGACUGAAAUGUAAAUUAGAGAUACUAAGUGUCUCCAACUGUAACCUCACCACAGUGUCAUGUGAAGAUAUUGCUGCAGCUCUACGUUUAAGAACAUCAUCUCUAAAAACACUGGACCUGAGCUACAAUGACCUGCAAAAGGGGAUAAAUCAGCUCUUUACUGGACUAAAGAGCCCAAACUGUACACUAGACACGUUACGGCUAUCAAAUUGUCAUGUCACUGUAGAAUCGUGUAACUACAUCGCCAAAGCUCUGUCACCUUUAAAAGAGCUGGAUCUGAGUCACAAUGACCUGCGAGAUACAGGAAUGAAGCUGCUCUGUGAUGGACUAAAGAGUUCCUGUUGUAAUCUGAACAUACUCAAAGUGUCAGACUGUAAACUCACAGAGCAGUCUUCUCCAGAUGUUGCCUCACUUCUAAGUAAAGAAAACUCAUCCCUGAGAGAACUGGAUCUGAGCGAUAACGACCUCAAGGAUUCUGGUGUGAAAGCGUUAUCUAAUGGAUUGUCGAGUUCGGAGUGUGUUCUGGAAAUACUGAGGUUGUCUGGGUGUGGCCUCACAAAAAGGACCUGCUAUUCACUCAUUUCUGCUCUGCAUUUAAACCCUAAACACCUCAUUGAGCUGGAUUUAGACUACAACCAUCUAGGACCUGCAGAACGGAAACAACUUUCAAAAAUUAGGAAAUUUCCAGUAUAUACACUGCAGACCUUUAGUAUGAACCACAAUGAAGAGUUAAGAACAAAUCCAGGACUCAAAAAAUAUGCCUUCAAACUGACGCUGGAUCCCAACACGGCAAACACACAUCUCUCGCUGACCGGCGAUAACACCAGGAUCUCAUUUAAGAGAGAACAUCAACCAUCUCAAGACCACAUGGGAUACCCGAUGCAGGUCUUGUCUAAGGAGAGUCUUUUUGGACGGUGUUACUGGGAGGUUGAGUGGCAUCGAAAGGCCUCCAUUGCUGUGGCCUACAAAUCCUUCAUCAAGAGGGGAUGCAAAAAUAACUAUGUGUUUGGACGUUCAAAGAAGUCCUGGAGUCUGGAGUUAUCCGAGAACGAUAACCAUUGCGCAGCAGUGCACAAUAACAAGAGCAUCUCCAAAUCACAUCCCCAGGGCAACAGAGUGGGAGUGUUUGUGGACUGCUCACGUGGAAUUCUGUCCUUUUACAACAUCUGCUCCGACACACAAACACUGCCCAUACACACUUUCCACACAAACUUCAGAGAAACACUUGUUGCAGGAUUUGGACUCGGUCAUGAUGAAGAGGCCUCCGUCUCUCUUAUCCAUUCUUGAAAGUUAAAAAAAGGAAAAAGGUAUAUAAAUAUCUGUGAUAUGAAUAGAUAACUUGGAUUAAUAGGGCAGGAACAACUAAUCGAUAAUAGUCAAUAUUGUUAUUGAUUAGUUGGGCUGCUAAAACUUACAGGUUUGCGUGACGGCAAGAGAACACAGCUGCUUGAGAAAUGGCCGAGUCAAGUUUAUUUCUAUAGCGCUUUUCACAACAGACAUCGUCUCAAAGCAGCUUAACAGAAAUCAACAGUCAAGGUGAACAGUGUGUAUUUAUCCUGAUGAGCAGCCAUGGCGACUGUGGCAAG